AUGGGUUAUCGUUCAUCAUCAUUACAAAAUUCUGGUUGUGCUGUCGUGUCGGUUAAUAAGAAAUUGCCAUCAUUUACCAUUUGUGGUCAAAUCGGAAAAGCAUAUUCUGGAUUAGCAGAAGUGCUGCUGGUGAGAAGGGACAGAAAAAAUUUGAGUGCUCUGAGGAUUCUGUCCACUGAAUUCAUCGAUUAUGAGCAAAUUAAAAAAGAAGUUUGGUUACUAAGAUGGCUUUCGCAUGCGAAUAUAAUCGCAUUCGAAUGCGCAUUCUCGGUAAAUACCGAUAUUUAUGUUCUGUCUCCAUUUUACGAUCUAGGCUCUGUUCUGCAAGUGAUUCAAAAGCAUUACAAACACGGUCUCCCAGAAAAAGCAAUCGGCCAAAUUUUAAAAAAUCUUCUAUUAGCUGUACAAUACUUACAUGAACAGAACAUAGUGCACAGAUCGAUUCGAUGUAGUCAUAUCCUGCUACAUUCAACGGGCACUGUAAAGUUAAGUGGUCUACGAGAUUGUGCGUUCUUGGAGCGUACUGAGUUUGGUGAGCAACCAAGAAAACUGAAUGAUUUUGGACCUGAGCUUGCCGAUAGUCUUCUGUGGUUAGCACCUGAAAUUCUCAAGCAAGAUUUGUAUGGUUAUGGUCUAUUGUCUGAUGUUUACAGUAUUGGUAUUACUUUGUGUGAGAUGGCAAACGGAUUUCCGCCGUUCUCUGAUAUGCAUCGAUUACAAGUUGGCUUUUUAGUUAUUGGUUACUAUUCUAUUUAG